AUCAGCAGUCUCAGCCUGCCAUCACUGCUGUGCUCACCGUGUGGCCUCCCUCUCAGCCAGCAUGGCCUUCAGCAAGAGCUAUGUCAGCAGGAAGCAAGUUAUCAUAAUUGGCAUCUUGGCAGUCUCUGUUGUGAUUAUCAUACUGGGACUUGGGCUUGGGCUGGGCCUUCAGCUGGAGAACUGCAGGAAACCAGAUGUGCUGACAUCCUGUAGGAAUCGCUGUUAUGAGCCAUUUGACGACGAGACUCAAGCCUGUCGCUGUGAUGAACAGUGUGUGACCACUAACAGCUGCUGCUAUGACUUCAAAGACACCUGUCUACAACCCAAUCAGAGUUGGGAGUGUACCACUCUGCGGUGUGGAGAGGCCCGUGUCCCCGGGGGAAACUGUCACUGCUCAGAUGACUGUCUGUCUGCUGGAGACUGCUGUACAAACUACAAAUCAGUGUGCCACGGUGAGACAGAGUGGGUUGAAGAUGAGUGUUCAGACAUGACCCCUAAAUGUCCUGCCAGCUUUAAGAGAGAACCGCUGCUGUUGAUCUCUCUGGAUGGUUUGCGGGCGGAGUACAUGAAGACUUGGCAUCAUGUCAUUCCAGUGCUGGAAAAACUGCGACAAUGUGGUACCUCAUCCCCUUACAUGCAAGCUGUGUUUCCCAGCAAGACUUUCCCAAAUCACUACUCCAUAGUCACAGGGCUGUAUGCUGAGUCUCAUGGCCUGGUGGACAAUAACAUGUAUGAUCCUGAAUUUGAUGCCUCCUUUAGUCUGUCCAACAGUGAGAAAGACAAACCAAGAUGGUACCUGGGUCAGCCUAUCUGGAACACAGUCAUGUCUCAGGGUUUGAGAGCAGGGACAUUCUUCUGGCCUGGAUCAGACGUUCCCAUCAACGGCACUUUCCCAAAUAUCUAUGAGCCAUACAAUGGUAAGAUUCCAUUUGAACAGCGGGUCUUCACCGUACUCAAGUGGCUGCAGCUGCCAGAACAGGACAGGCCGGAUUUCUUUACUCUAUACCUGGAGGAGCCAGAUAAGUCUGGACAUAGUUUUGGACCAGUCAGCGGUGGGUUGAUUGCAGCUCUUCAGGGAGUGGACAAGAUCAUUGGUCAGCUGAUGAAUGGACUCAAACAGCUAAACCUUCAUCAGUGUGUCAACAUCAUCAUUGUUGCAGACCACGGUAUGGAGGAGACUAGCUGUGGACGAAAAGAGGUUUUGGAGCACUAUGUGGGAGAUGUAGGUGCCUUUUACGUUUACGAAGGCCCAGUUGGAAGAAUCCGGGCUAGAAACAAAGACCAGCCCUUCGCUGCAGCUGAACUUGUGGCCAACAUGACGUGUAAGAAACCAGAUCAGAAGAUAAAAGCCUAUCUGAAGGCUCACCUACCCAAGCGCUUCCACUUUGCUAACAGCAGACGCAUCGAGGAGGUGGGAGUGAUCGUCGAACCGCGCUGGCUAUUCGAGAGGUACCCAGGCUCUCUGACAUUCUGUGAUGGUGGGCAGCACGGGUAUGACAACGAUGUGUACAGCAUGCAGGCGAUGUUUCUGAGCCACGGACCAAAAUUUCAACCCAAGACUGAAGUGGAGCCGUUUUCUAACAUUGAGCUGUAUAAUCUUAUGUGUGACUUGUUGGAAGUCUCUCCGGCUGAGAAUAAUGGAACGCAUGGCAGUAUGAACCAUCUGCUGCAGGAACCCUUCUUCACUCCCACCCACCCUCAGGAGAAGAGUUUACCUGGACAGUGCCCACUGCUCACCCUAACGCCCUCUGACACUCUGGGAUGUAACUGCUCUGCUCUGGAUGAACUGAACCUUAACUCGCGUCUGAAUCUGACUGCCAGUCAAGUUUUGGACAGUGAAAAGCGACACCUGCCCUUUGGGAGACCCCGUCUGCUCUGGGCUGAUGAGGAUUACUGCAUUCUUCAUCAUGAAGGCUAUGUCAGUGCCUACAGCCACAGUGCCUUCAUGCCUAUGUGGACUUCCUUCACCAUUGAUAGACCUCUAAACUCAGAGCCCAUGCCAGGGGUGUUGCCUGACUGUCUGAGAGCAGAUGUUCGGAUCCCGGCCAGUCAGAGUGCCACGUGUGACCAGUACAGCAGUUCGAGUGGAAAAAUAAGCCCCGUUUUUCUGUACCCACCCAAUUUGAAUAAAACAGCUGAGCAGCAGUUUGAUGCCCUCAUCAUGAGUAAUGUUGUUCCAGUGUUCCCAGAGUUUAAGAGGAUUUGGGAUUACCUGCAGACUGUCCUGUUGAAGACGUAUGCCUCUCAGUUCAAUGGCGUUAAUGUGGUGACAGGACCUGUGUUUGAUUACAACUACGACGGUCGAUAUGACACGGCCGACUUGAUACAGCAGUUUGUGCCAGGAACAGGUAUACCCAUCCCCACUCAUUACUUUGUGGUUCUAACAAGCUGUUCUGAUGCUUCUCUACCAGUCCACCUGUGUGACCAGGAUCUGCAGACAGUCUCUUUCCUCAUACCUCACAGAGAGGACAACUCAGAGAGCUGCAGUAGCUCAGAGGCGGAGUCUCAGUGGGUUGAGGACCUGCUGUGGUUCCACCAAUCACGGGUCAGAGAUGUGGAGUGGAUCACUGGUCUGGAUUUCUACCAGGACAGUGGCCGACCGAUAGCAGAGCUCCUGAGAGUCAAGACCCGACCCACUGCCGCCAUUCACAGACAGCCAUCGGCCUGACCUCUGAAUCUGUCUGUAUAUUCAAUGUAAUGGUGUUAAAGUAGCUUAUUUUAUGCAGUUGAAAUAUUUAUAUACAUGUACUGUGACAUUACCCCUGCACUACAUUAUGAAUGCAAAUUAUUCUUUGUAAUGACUGAUCUGCCAUUGUACACACAGCACAGUGAAAUGA